CUGGUUCAACUCAACCACGCAGGCACUCACGCUUGCUCCCUUUCCCCUCACCUCGUCUCACGCGGAAAAGAAAACCUAAUCCCUAUUUUGCUCCCCACUUCCCCAUGCCCUCCUCAAUCCCUCGCCGCCGCCGCUGCCGCCGCCACCGCUACCACGAAAACCUCUACCCUCCGUGUCCCUUCUUGGUUCACCAGAUGGUACACUUCGAUUUUCCCAGAGCCGACGAGCGACAGAUCUGCUCCAUCCAAUGUUGCGGGGAAGGCAAAUUGAUCGUUUCCCCUCCGAGCGGAAGCAGCCGCGACCGACUCGCCGCACUAAGAUCCUACCCCGGGCCAGUGAUUGUUGUCUUCGUAGAUAGGGAUGGGAAGUACCUCACGGAUUAUGGUUCUGUAGGCAUUCAUCUCCGGCACAUGCACAGACUCUUGCUACAAGUCGUGAAACGACUUGAGGGGGAUGCAAAACCUCUGCAACAAUCGGAUGUUGCCGACACUACAAGAUUGGAUGAAUUGUCCAUAACUGCCACUUCCUCAUCCUCCUAUAAGCAGGACACCAUUUGGCUUCGGCCAGAGUCUACAUGGGGACUUGAUUUCUACACCAGAGUUGAUCACGCGGGAUCUUUCCACACAUAUCCUAAUGUGGGUGGGCCAUCUCACAACCUAGACCAAGUCUCUGAGGCCAUCGAUCGCUAUCUCUUCCGCCAUCUGGAUCCAAAAAUGCACAGGGAGCAGGAUUUGGUUUCUCAAGAGAAUAAGUGCACACUGGAGAUGGCUAUAUGGCGACACAUUCACUGGCCUGAUGGCACAAGGAAGAGUCAUUUGAGAACACUGCCACUUGAUGAAAGACGAUGUUCGAUGCUCCAGCUGGUUAAAGCUUUGAUGGACAAGUACAAUGAUGAUCACAAUCUUUCUGGGGAUCUUGCAUAUGAGCUUACAUGUGUUGGGCGCUACCGGUAUUUUCAUGAUGCUGAUAUUAAGGGGAUUUACUAUCAUAUCAACUUCACAGCAAAUACAAAAGGAGCUGAUGACUCUGGCCUUGACAAUCUAUUAUUUUUUGCUGAACUUGUGGAAAGAGGGCGUAAUGAGUUGGUCGUCAGCUGUAUCUGCAGGGUUAAUCCUUCAGAAGCAAGAGGUUGCUAUGCUUGUUUGAGUGAUGUCUAUCACCCCAAGGCUGAUUCGUACAGUGGUGGUCGCUUUGAAGAUUGUCGCUCGAGGGGCAUGUUUUGUUGUGAUGGACCAGAGGAAAAUUUGGGAUAUACUCCUUCUGAUCUGGAAGCUGAGGAGAUGUCUGCAAGAAGUAUGUACGAGGGUCUUGAUCCUUCAUGUUUUCUGGUGAGACAAAAUGAAGUAAGGUGCUAGAGUGGAGUCUAAGAACGGUACUACAAUGGAAGUGGCAGGAAUCAGUCCCUUGCAUUUAUCGCAAGCUGUGACAGAGAUGGCAAGUUAUUAUAGACAUAAUUUGCAUACUCUCUUUGUGUUGGUGCUAAGAAACCAAAAGAAGGCAGCUGCAAAAAAUAUCAUAAGGCGCACAGUUGUGAAAUAUCAAGAUAAGAGUGAUAUCUGUUUAAUCAGACGUAGAUUUUAAUGGGCCGGCCUUGAUUUAUCAUCUAAGUUAUCUCAAUUUUCUAGAUCUGAAAUAUUUGUGGUAAAAAGUUGUUGUUCUGGUUCAUGAUUACUUACGUUAUUAUCAUCUUCAUCUAAAUUUUCAUGCUUA